UUUCAGACAGAUUCAGUUCAUACUCAUUGCGAAGCAACUUGUUCUAUUUAAAACCAGUACUUAUUUUUAUUUAUACUUUAGAUAAAAAUGUCGUUAGCAAUUUAUUUUAUAAGUUUUUUAUGUUCAGUUAAGUUUAUUUAUGGACACAGGAUACUUUUAUCACGGACGAUUCACCAAAAACAGGCGGCUUUUACGUCGGAUUUAAUUGAGAAAUGUUACCCGGAUGUCCAAUCAUUUUUGCUGAUAUUCGAAAAAAAAAAUUUACCGCUCUACAGUUCAUUCAAAUAUGAAAAAUUUGGCGCGAUAAAUCUAAUGGAUAAUUUCGAUAAAUACAAAACGAUUCCGCGGGAUCAAAGGAGCCCGAUAGCGGGUGCUAUUUUCAUGUCAUCAUCGCCGCUGGAACUUAAUCGGACGCUAAAUAAUUCAAGUUGGCAUAAUUAUGAACAGCUUUUUUUUGUCGUAGACAGUGAGAAUACUAAUUGUGACAAUUCGAAAGAAUUUUUAUUGGAAGCUUGGAAAAAUGAUGUACUCAAUUGUGUAUUUUUAUGCUUUGAUAGUAACGAGACUCAGUAUAUUUAUACAUUCAAUCCAUUUAAUGAUUUUGCUCCAAAACCAUGGGAAAAAAUUUCACAGGUUAUUAGUAUUAAUAAUCAUCCUUGGACAUUAUUCAGACAAAAAUUUACAAAUGAAUCAUGCCGCGGAUUAUUUUAUGAAAAAACAAUGAAUUUUGGAGGGUAUCCAAUAAAAUUAGCUGCAGCAAAUUUUCCUCCAUACGUUUCAUACUCGAUAAUAAACGAGACUAUCGUCAACAUAUCCGGCUACGACUACUUGAUAAAUAAAGUUCUAUGGAAAAAAUUGAACGCGACAUACCAGAUCUACGAUAAAUACAACGGGUCUACUCCUUCAUCAACAGCAUCACCAGUUACCGCAAACUCAACUCAGUUUCCAAAAAAAAAUUUAUCGCUCAACAAAUUAAUAUCAAAAGAAAGAGAUUUUCUGAUGAACUCUCUAAUUGUCCGUAACAACGACCAGAAAGUUGAAUUCGCCCACUUUGUUUUGCAGACAGGCAUCACCGCAGUGACACGUCACCGCGGAUAUUUAAAUAGCGCACAAAAGCUGUUAUCAUUCUUACCCCUAAGUAUCGCGGUACUUUUUUUCUUUACCAGCAUUUUUGGCUACGUAGUGUUGAACUUUAUAAUAAAAGACCCGUACUCAAAUAAUUUUAUUGACAUUCUGCGGGUGUAUUUGAGCUCGCCCCUGCCCAAAUUACCCAGGACCUCCCGCGGCAGAUUGUUUUUUGGCAGCAUCCUUAUUGUCUUUAUGAUAAUAAACGCCGUAGUUCAGGGCAAUUUGGCUAAAAUAUUCACUGGCGAAAAAAGUGUCCGUAAUAUUGAAACACUUGAGGACAUAAAUAAAUUAAAUUUCACUGCGGUGACCAACGACUGGGUCGGCGAGGUCUUGCGUCAUGACAAAGUCAAAUAUAUUAAAAUAAUAAUAAACGACAGCCUGACUUGUGAAAACUUGGAGCCGAACGAAGCCUACGUUGAGGAAGAAUUAAAUCUAGGAAAUACCGCAUUUGUCGGCGACUGUCAUAUGCCGAAAAAAUCACUGAUACCGGGAUUAUUUCACGUCUACUAUGCGCGGCAUCGAUGGCCACUUUUUCCAAAAGUUAAAAGUCUAUUGUUAAGAUUAUUCGAGAGUGGGCUGAGGAAUUAUUGGUUUGAAAAAGUUGUUGGUAAAAAACGUCCUUAUGGUCCCACUAAAUACCGACCGCUGACUAUGGAUGACAUGGGUUUUAUUUUUAGUAUUGCGAUCAUCGGUUUGUUUAUGUCGACAAUUAUUUUUUUAUUUGAAUUAUGGAUCUCACGUAAAAAAAAUAAUUUACAAACUAAUGUACUGUAA